AUGAGCGAUAACAAUGACAUCAAGGUGGAGAGCGACGACGAAGAGCAACCGAGGUUUCAAUCUGUGGCUGACAAACGGGCUCAUCAUAAUACACUGGAAAGAAAACGUAGGGACCACAUUAAAGACAGCUUUCACAGUUUGCGGGACUCGGUCCCAUCACUCCAAGGAGAGAAGGCAUCCCGGGCCCAAAUCCUAGACAAAGCCACAGAGUAUAUCCAGUAUAUGCGAAGGAAAAACCACACACACCAGCAAGAUAUUGAUGACCUCAAGCGGCAGAAUGCUCUUCUGGAGCAGCCAGUCCGUGCACUGGAGAAGGCGAGGUCAAGUGCCCAACUGCAGACCAACUACCCCUCCUCAGACAGCAGCCUCUACACCAACGCCAAGGGCAGCACCAUCUCUGCCUUCGAUAGGGGCUCGGACUCCAGCUCAGAGUCGGAGCCUGAAGAGCCCCAAAACAGGAAGAAACUCCGGAUGGAGGCCAGCUAAGCUACUAGGGGCAGGCCAGCAAUAAAAACUGUCUUCAUCGUCUC